AGAGAGAGAGCAAAAGAAAGAGUGGACAGCCACUCUGGUGCACUCUGGUGGUUCCUGCAACAGCGUCACUGUUGCUUGAUCUCCAACCGUCCAACUGUGGCAUUGUGGCUCCUAGACGAUUCAGCGAAAAACACUGAAAACUCCUCCAAUCCCAGUGGACGGAUUUAAAUGGACAAGGCUUGUUUUUGUGUGUGUGUGCAUGUGUUUCUUUCAGCUCAGAAAACUUUUUUUCCCACUUAAUGUUUCUCUGGAUCCAUGAAAGAGCUGCAACUCUGUGAACUGAUAUUGUUUCGGCUUUGUGGACAGUUUGGAUACAUCUUUUUUUUUUUUUUUUUGAGAACAUGUUGCCGUUGCCUACACCAGAAGAACUUCCACAAACAGUCACGUCUUGGGAAACAUGGAGAGCCUGAUGAAAACAAGGUGUGGAAUGUAAGCAGUGAAGACUGACUUUUAUGUAGUGUGGAUUUCUUUUUCACUUUGAGCAGAUUUAUGAUGCUUGUAAGAAGUGCAGAUUCUUUUGUUUUGCUGACUUUGACGUGAAAAACACAUCUUCAACUUCCUGUUGUCCCGAGUUGAUCCGCUGAAUAAUGGAUGCCAACCUGAGCACUUCACUAUCCAACGUGACCAACAGUACAGGACCCUUCUACGAUGCGGCGGGACCCUGGAGCCUCAUCAUACUGGUCAUCAUCAUACUGACCAUAGUGGUGGGAAACCUGCUGGUCAUCAUCGCUGUGGCUCAUACAUCGCAGCUACAGACGACGACAAACAUUUUCAUAAUGUCCCUGGGGUGUGCAGACCUCAUCAUGGGGGUCCUUGUGGUGCCUCUUGGGGCUACUAUUGUAGUGACGGGUAAAUGGCAGCUCAGUGACAGAUUCUGUGACUUCUGGACUUCUGUGGACGUCCUGUGCGUGACAGCGAGCAUCGAGACGCUCUGCGUUAUAGCAGUGGAUCGGUAUAUAGCCAUCACGAGGCCGCUGAGGCACAAGGUUCUACUCAAUAAGUGGCGUGCCAGGGUAAUAGUUUGUUUAGUGUGGGUUGUGUCCUCCCUAAUUUCCUUUGUGCCAAUUAUGCAAGGGCUUUGGCGUGAUGACGACCCCACAGCAAAAAAGUGCUACGAAGAUCCAGCAUGCUGUGACUUUGUGACCAACAGGGCCUUUGCUAUAAUAUCUUCUAUAGUCUCUUUUUACAUUCCACUGCUCAUAAUGAUAUUUGUGUAUGCAAAAGUCUUUCUAAUAGCCACACGGCAGGUCCAGCUCAUAGAUAAGCAUCGAAUGCGUUUCCAGAAUGAGGGCCUGGCGUCGCAAAUGCAAGUUGGCCCCCACGUCAACAAUGUCAUGCCAGUGGGGUGUACGGGCUCCAGCAGCUGCAGCAACAACGCUGUGCGGAGAAAGAGCGUCAAGCGGAGGCCGUCCCGGCUGAUGCUCGUCAAAGAGCACAAGGCCCUCAAGACUCUGGGCAUCAUCAUGGGGACCUUCACCGUGUGCUGGUUGCCAUUCUUCGUCGCCAACAUCAUCAACGCAUUCUACAGAGGCGUUCCCUCAGAGAGGAUCUUCCGACUGUUGAAUUGGUUGGGUUACAUCAACUCCGGCCUCAAUCCAAUCAUCUACUGCAGGAGUCCAGAGUUUCGUACAGCGUUCAAGAACCUGCUGGGCUGCCCGUGGUUGUCCACCUUGCAGCUCAAUACUUUCUAUAAAGAGCUGCGGACACGCUGCUCUUGCUUUCUGUGGCAGGCUGAGUCGGGCACAGCCGGUAAUUUACAAAAGUCUUCAACCAGUAAGACUGAGGGCAGUCUAGCCAGUACACAGGAAAGCAGCAAAAGUGAGGAGGCUUCCCCUGGUACUCUGCAGUCCAACGGCAGCACACAGUUCAGUGACUUAUCAGAACCAGAAACCCAAUAAGAGCAAACGUCCCGAUCACAAAACACAGCUUCACCCUGAUUACAAUGACACACUUGACUGCUAAUGUGUCCAUCUCUUCUCAGCUUCACGUUGCAGGAAAAGGACGGGUGAACUGUAAGAUGUGGAACUACUAAAACAAACUGUUCUCCAUCUGAUAAUGUGACUCCCACGAAAAGGCUGAGUCCAAAAGAAGAGGACCAAACCGGCUGGAUUGACAGAAGAGAAACUGCUGAUUUGGUCUGGACAGGAACUCCAAUGGCUGGAUGGACGGACUGCUGCAGCUCAGCACUUCACAGACGUUAGGUGACACCAGAGUUGAGCCUCUAAUUGUCAUCGGAAUAAUGUUUGCAAAAAAAAAAGACAGACAAUACUUAACUGCGAGUUUUGAAUGCAUUCCAGUAAACCUUUGGACACGAUGAAUGUGGCCUGUGGUUUCAGAAAUGACAGCAUAAACUGUGUACAGUAUAAAACAUAUGGUAAGUUAUCUAUUUAUGAUACACCGAAUCUGUAGCAAAAUACAAAAGUUGUCUAACUUAAUACUUCUGGCAAAGCCGUCAUCACUGCCCAGGUUAAGGAACAGUUGUUGUCGUUGCACAAACUCCUCAGUGUAAUAUCAGCUGCAAAUAUUCAAUUCUGGUGUCUGUUAACUUCUACAUGUUUCCAUCCUGGACUCUGCAUACGCACAAUAGUUAUUUUUGCUUAAAUCGCAUCUACGGAAAAUGUUCGUCUCUGAUUGGCUGGCUGUUAAAAUCCAACAUCAGGACAACUCAAAGGUAAUUCCUGUCAACAGUUAACCACCAGUGUAAAUCAAUGUGCAAGGUACAGUAUUAUAAACUGCAGGUAACCAUAGCGAAACACUUCUGCUGCGUGCUAUGUUGUCGGUAAACUCUCUACCUAUUCUUCUUUGAUAAGCGAACAUGGCUCGCACUCUGAAAUGUCCAAAUAUGAUAAAAUAACGUAUUUAUGUCCGUUAUUUUGAUAUAUCGGGACUCUGUGUUGUGCGUUACAUAAAAUCAUCUGUUGCAUUGACAAAUAAAAUAUUAUAAAACUGUGA